CACUCUCCACGUACAUGUACACCCCUGUGUCAACGUAUAAUACACCGUAUGUUCGAUUGUGACGGAUAGGUUUAUAUGAAAGCUUGUGCAUAGUGCCAUCCGUUAUUAGAUAUCAUCUCGUGCAUAUACGUGUAUAUACUAAAAGAAUUGUGUUCGUGUACUUAAUAAAAUAAGUCAUGAUGACGGCGUCAGGAACAAAUGACCUUGUCACCAAGCGAGCGCGAGAAUCGUCUCCACCACCCGCGCCACCACUACGCACACAAACACACAUACAAUCGAAUAAUCUACCUCUGGUACCUCAGCCAAGUGCAAUGAAACGUGUGCGCGUGGAAGACACAAGUAGGGACCAGCGAGUGUGGAGCAACAACCCUUCGCGAGAUGUGUUUGCGAGUAUGUGUCGGAGGUCUGGUAUCAUGGAUGAUAAUGAACAUGAGAAAGACUUCAGUAUCAUGUGCACUAGUAAGGCCAAAGAUGAUGAGACCCAAGAAGCCAAAAGGUUUUAUAUUCACAAACUUGUACUCAGGUUGGUUAGUCGCGAGUUGAACGACGAGAUCAAGGCUACGACCGACAAGAAAUUGUACUUAGAAUGCUCAGAACCGGCCGGCCAAAUAUUUGUGAAUUACUGCUAUUUGGGAGAGAAUGUGUACAACGAACUCAAGCCCAGCAAUGUGUUCGAGGUGUUUGAGAUAGCCAAGAAGUAUGCCGUACGACCUUUGAUAAAGUUGUGCGAGAACUACUUGCACAACAACCGUAAACAGAGGUGUCUCGCGCUCCUGGCUUACGCGCCUGAGGAAUCAGUGGCGGUUUAUCUUGAAACUGCGAAACAAAACUUCUGUUCACUAGUCGGGGCACCAGCAGAUGUGGUUCACCUACCUAAGCAGAUAUUUAAGAAUGUGAUGACAGACGAGCGCCUGAUGGUCGACAGUGAAAGGUUUGUCUAUGAAACUGUGAUGCAAUGGAUCAAGGCGAAUUCAGACGGGCCAGAGUGUGCAGCAGAACUAUUGACAGAUUGUGUAAAGCUAGAGCGCUUACUUGUAGAGGAGGGCCCUAAAAAGGCUGAAAUCUAUACGGCCGAGAUGAUGCAAGUUGCACCGGAGGUCACACAAGGUCUUUGGCUUGCAGCUAUGCAAAACUUUUUCGGUUUGCAGAAUCAGCUGUGGACGGAAGAAUUGGUGAAUAUAAUGCGGCCUCGGUGCCCAUAUGGUUUCUUGCAGCUUCGCAUCACUGACUUUAGUUCAAAACCCGGCACCGAGUGGAAGGGUCCGCUGACCACCAUUGUUGAUACGCAAUUCAGGCUCAGAGUGUCCAUCAAUCAAACUGGCGGGUACUUUUCCAGUGGCCCCGUCAAAAUUCGGGCGAAAGUCGAGAUGAUGUUCGACCGCAAUGGCGCAGACCGCUACCACCCGUUAUGGCCAUACUCUGUAGACUACAGGAUACACGACUUGCAAACACCUCCGAAGUCUAUGAAGGUACUGCGCUCGACAACACCAGAUUGGGUCACUCUUACUAACAUAUCGCAGCUUGUCAAUCAACACCACGUCAAUAACGGCUUCAUGGUGGUAUCUGCGAGGAUCGCCAGAGCCUAAAGUUAUUGACAAAGCCUCGUUUCCUACUUUGGCUCAUGCACUCGCAGUAUAGUCGUCAUCUCAUUGAAUACUGAUGAUGAUUCAAAUAUCCGCAAGCCUUAAAGGUUGUGAUUUCCAAUACAGUAGUACCUGGUGAAUAUAUAUUCCAGAUAUCCGUCGCUUCGAGGCGCACAAACGACAGCAGUGGUAUGUUUCAAACCAUAUCAGUGUAAUGGUAUAGUUAUAUUCUUUGGAACAAGAAAUUUAGUUUUCCUCGCCGGUCUUUGGCACUGUGCGGUGACUAUGAGCUCACGUACAAGUUAAUGGUUGCCAAGCAGUUCGCGCUUAUGUAUUUUUUUAUUCGACACUGAAACAGGCGAUUGCAUACGUAUGCUCGUGCUUAUUCCGGUGAGAGUGCCAAUUUUUAAACGGCUCAAGUGAGCAAACCUCUCCAUUCUCACCCCGUCCGUUGUUAGCCUUGCGUCUUCUUCGGAAGUAUACUUGUUUCAACGGAUUACCGCGAAGUCCUAAACAUGAAUAAAUUAGUUCGCGCUCAG